AUGGCGUUUGAUAGUGCGAACCUCCAGCGAUGGAGUUUUCUAUUGGCCAGUCUUAUGUGGUGGACAGAGCAAAGUGUAACAGCGCUCGAGUUGAGUCAAGACUGUACAAAUCCGUUAGGAAAAGCGGGCAAGUGUAUCCACUUCCGAGAUUGUCAACCGCUCGUCAACAUCUACAAUAAUCCGAUUAGCACGCCACAGGAAUCAGAGUUUCUCUCGCAAAGCCGGUGUGGUAUGUUACACCUAAAUUCAUUGGUAUGUUGUGCAGCAUCCACCCAGAUUUCUUCACUACCAAAACUUCCACAUUGCGGUCUACAAAUGUCCGAUCGUGUAAUCGGUGGUCAGGCUACAAAGAUCAAUGAGUUUCCAUGGACGGCAUUGAUCCAGUAUCGGAAACAGGACGGAAGCUUUGGAUUCGGCUGUGGAGGAUCACUUAUCAAUGAGCGGUAUGUUGUUACUGCUGCUCAUUGCGUGAAACGGAUUCCUGCUGGUGGGAAGAUGCAUCGUAUACGCCUUGGCGAGUGGGAUUUGUCGACGGCCAAUGAUUGUCAGAAUGACUUCUGCUCCAAUGCACCGAUCGAUCUGGACAUUGAGAAGAUUGUUGUCCACUGGAACUAUGACCCGAAUGAUCGUAGCUUUAAAAACGAUAUUGCGUUGAUUCGUUUCACUCGUUCGAUUAAGUACUCUGAAACAGUACGACCUAUUUGUCUACCGUUGAGCGAAUCACUUCGCAAUCUUAACCACGUCGGACAGCCAAGUUAUGCUGUCGGUUGGGGUGAUACGGAAGUUGCUAUUGCGAGCCAAAUGAAGCUGAAGGUUGAGUUGAACAUCACAAGUUUUCAAGAGUGUGCAGCAGUUUAUGAAGAGAAUAGAAUUUUGUUAGACAGGAAACACAUAUGUGCCGGUGGUGAGGAAGGCAAGGACACAUGCAGCGGUGAUUCGGGCGGUCCUCUGAUGCGUCAGAUUGCUGGUGCAUGGUACCUGAUCGGUGUGGUUAGCUUUGGACUAGCGUGGUGCGGCGUACCCGAUGUACCAAGUGUUUAUACGAAUGUAGCAGAGUAUGUCGAUUGGAUUCGGGAUAAUGUCUACUAG